CCCCGAAUUAACUUCCAAACAAACUCAAACGUAAGACCUUUUACACUUCCACUGUCGCUGUCGGGUAACUGCGUUUCGAUGGAGCUGCGCACCACACACAAUACAAUCGCUUACUCUCGAUUCCAAGCCACAGCAACAAAACCUUCUUCACGCAAACCAAUGCUUGCCAUUGCUUCAACGUUGUUCUUGUGUAGCGUGUCAGUUUUUCUUCUUCUUUUUCUUAACGAUUGUUUUGCUUCGCUUGUUUAAACUUGCAAAGUGAUCCGUUCCGUUACGCGUUGUGACCAUGAAGCCUUGAAUUGCAUUUGCCACGUGUUGCAGUGCAGUGCCAGAGCCUUGAAGGACAAUGCUGUUUCCCAUAAGGGAGAACGCCAUGCAGGGGAAGAUGUCAAAGGCUUGAGAUGCCAAUGUUGUUUGCAUAAUCAAAGGUUGAUUUGGAGAGAGCAUGAACAUGGCAUCUUCAUCAUGGGAAUAUUUUGGGGAGCUUGCAAAUGUGGCUCAACUAACCGGUAUAGAUGCGGUGAGGUUAAUUGGGAUGAUUGUGAAAGCUGCAACUACAGCACGGAUGCACAAGAAGAAUUGCAGGCAGUUUGCUCAGCAUCUGAAGUUGAUUGGGAACUUGUUGGAGCAGCUCAAGAUCUCGGACCUUAAGAAGUACCCCGAAACACGGGAGCCUCUGGAGCAGCUAGAAGAUGCCCUUAGAAGGUCUUAUAUUUUGGUCCAUAGUUGUCAGGACCGCAGCUAUCUUUAUUUGCUGGCCAUGGGAUGGAACAUUGUUUAUCAAUUCAGGAAGGCUCAGAGUGAAAUUGACAGUUACUUGCGCCUUGUUCCUCUCAUUUCGCUAGUCGACAACGCUCGAGUGAGGGAGAGACUUGAAAUUAUUGAAAAGGAUCAAUGUGAGUAUUCAUUGGAUGAUGAGGAGCAAAAGGUGCAGACUGUUAUUUUGAAACCUGAGCCUGACAAAGGUGAUGCUGUGGUGCUGAAGAAAACUCUUUCCUAUUCUUACCCCAACUUUUCUUUCACUGAAGCCCUUAAAAAAGAAAAUGAAAAGCUUCAAGUAGAGCUGCAACAUUCACAAGCAAAUAUGGAUAUACAUCAGUAUGAAUUCAUUCAACAUUUAUUAGAUUUCACAGAAGUUGCAGCUCAUUAUCAUCCUGAAAAAAGUCAUAAGACAGUAGAGUACAGUGGCUACAGUUAUUCUGAUGUCAAUGGUGACAAAACUCAUUCUUCUGAUGAAAAAGUUCACAAAAUGAAUGAUACUCUUUCCAGAUCAAGAUCAUCAGUUUCAGAAAAGGAUCUGCUAUCAACUGGAGGUUCAUAUCAUCAGGAAGAUUGGCAUACUGAUUUGCUUGCUUGUUGUUCUGAACCUUAUCUUUGUAU